AUGUACAUCAAAUUGCUAGCUUUUGCAACUUUUUCGAUUUUGCUGAUGAGCUUACUAGUUGAAACAGCAAACAUUAAUGAAGAAAACUCUGCCCAGUUCAAGAGACAAAGAAGACAGGAACAAGGAACUGCAAGAAGAGCAGGGCUUGUGACGAGAGAAAAUGCUCACGAGGAAAAUCCUGCCCAGUUCAAGAGACAGAGAAGACAGGAAGAAGGAAAUGCAAGAAGAGCAGGGCUUGUGACGAGAGAAAAUGCUCACGAGGAAAAUCCUGCCCAGUUCAAGAGACAGAGAAGACAGGAAGAAGGAAAUGCAAGAAGAGCAGGGCUUGUGACGAGAGAAAAUGCUCACGAGGAAAAUCCUACCCAGUUCAAGAGACAGAGAAGACAGGAAGAAGGAAAUGCAAGAAGAGCAGGGCUUGUGACGAGAGAAAAUGCUCACGAGGAAAAUCCUGCCCAGUUCAAGAGACAGAGAAGACAGGAAGAAGGAAAUGCAAGAAGAGCAGGGCUUGUGACGAGAGAAAAUGCUCACGAGGAAUAUCCUACCCAGUUCAAGAGACAGAGAAGACAGGAACAAGGAAAUGCAAGAAGAGCAGGGCUUGUGACGAGAGAAAAUGCUCACGAGGAAAAUCCUACCCAGUUCAAGAGACAGAGAAGACAGGAAGAAGGAAAUGCAAGAAGAGCAGGGCUUGUGACGAGAGAAAAUGCUCACGAGGAAAAUCCUACCCAGUUCAAGAGACAGAGAAGACAGGAAGAAGGAAAUGCAAGAAGAGCAGGGCUUGUGACGAGAGAAAAUGCUCACGAGGAAAAUCCUACCCAGUUCAAGAGACAGAGAAGACAGGAAGAAGGAAAUGCAAGAAGAGCAGGGCUUGUGACGAGAGAAAAUGCUCACGAGGAAAAUCCUACCCAGUUCAAGAGACAGAGAAGACAGGAAGAAGGAAAUGCAAGAAGAGCAGGGCUUGUGACGAGAGAAAAUGCUCACGAGGAAAAUCCUACCCAGUUCAAGAGACAGAGAAGACAGGAACAAGGAAACGCAAGAAGAGCAGGGCUUGUGACGAGAGAAAAUGCUCACGAGGAAAAUCCUACCCAGUUCAAGAGACAGAGAAGACAGGAAGAAGGAAAUGCAAGAAGAGCAGGGCUUGUGACGAGAGAAAAUGCUCACGAGGAAAAUCCUACCCAGUUCAAGAGACAGAGAAGACAGGAAGAAGGAAAUGCAAGAAGAGCAGGGCUUGUGACGAGAGAAAAUGCUCACGAGGAAAAUCCUACCCAGUUCAAGAGACAGAGAAGACAGGAAGAAGGAAAUGCAAGAAGAGCAAGGCUUGUGACGAGAGAAAAUGCUCACGAGGAAAAUCCUACCCAGUUCAAGAGACAGAGAAGACAGGAACAAGGAACUGCAAGCAGAGCAGGAAUCAUGACGAGAGAAAAUUCUCACGAGGAAAAUCCUACCCAGUUCAAGAGACAGAGAAGACAGGAAGAAGGAACUGCAAGAAGAGCAGGGAUCGUGGCGAGAAAAAAUGCCCAUGUUAUCUGA